GUUUAUUUUACAUUUAUUAUGCUCCCCCUAAAUUUAUUUUGGGGGGAGCAUAUAGUCGCCGCUUCGUCAGUCCGUGCGUGUGUGCAUCUGUCUGUCCAUCCGUGCACAAUUUUUGUCCGGGCUAUUUCUCAGCAACUAAUGACCGGAAUUCAAUUAAACUUUAUGGGAAGCUUCACUACCAAGAGGAAAUGUGCAUAUUAUUAGCGGGCUCUGGUCGGAUUUUUCACAGAGUAAUGGCCCUUUGAAAUUUUCCAUUAACUGUACAUAUAGUGCAAUUCUUGUCCGGGCUAUUUCUCAGCAACUAAUGACCGGAAUUCAAUGAAACUUUAUGGGAAGCUUCACUACCAAGAGGACAUGUGCAUAUUAUCAGCUGGUUCUGGUCAGAUGAUUUUUCACAGAGUUAUGGCCCUUUGAAAUUUCCAUUAACCGUACAUAUACAUAUGUAGUGCAAUUCUUGUCAGGGCUAUAUCUCAGCAACUAAUGACCGGAAUUCAAUGAAACUAUGAGAAGCUUCACUACCAAGAGGAGAUGUGCAUAUUAUCAGCCGGUUCUCGUGGGAUGAUUUUUUUCACAGAGCUAUGGCCCUUUGAAAUUUUUCCAUUGUACAUAUAGUGCAAUUCUUGUCCGAGCUAUUUCUCAGCAACUUAUAAUGGGAAUUCAAUGGAACUUUAUGGGAAGCUUCAUUACCAAUAGGAGAUGUGCAUAUUAUCAGCCGGUUAUGGUCCGAUGAUUUUUCACAGAGUUAUGGCCCUUUGAAAUGUUCUAUAAACUGUACAUAUAGUGCAAUUCUUGUCCGGGCUAUUUCUCCCCAACUACUGACUGGAAUUCAAUGAAGCUUUAUGGGAAGCUUAACUACCUUGAGGAGAUGUGCAUGUUUUUUGUAGGUUCUGGUUAGAUGAUUUAUUUAGAGAGUUGUGGCCCUUUGAAAUUUUUAAGUUGCUAAACCAUCCAUCGUAUUAUUUUGUCCAAAGUUAUGCCCCUCAAGACGUUUCCUUUUAUCUGAAUAUAUAGUGCAAUAUUGUGACAAAAAAACCUUUGGGGAGCAUCACCCUUCUCUGACGGUUUCAUGUUUACUUAAGGAGAUGGUUAUUUUAGAAAGAUCUCAAGUUCCUUCUAUCAUAUAAUGACAACCAUUUCUUAAUAAACCUGUUUGUCUCUUUAAGUUAGGUUGUGAAUAACUGGCAAAUUGACACAAAGUUAUUGUUGAAAACAGGCAUAUGCAAAAUUGCAUAUAAACAAAAAUGAACUAGUAAUUAUUAGUAUAAUUAUUGGCAGAGCUUACACAUUUCAAACAUGCACUAUCAACAAACAAUGAAACAGAUAUGUUAUACCUUGUGUGAUAAAAUUAUAAUCACAUUUUUAUCAGUGAAAGUCACAUGCCAAAUACAUGUACUGUAAACAAAUGCGUAAAAUGACCUAGUUUCCAUAUAGUCGAUUAAUUACAGCAAAAUCUCACUUGGUGUUUUGUGAUUCACGCCACGAUUUACAGUUUUGAAUUUCACACCUCGGAACAAGAGGCCUUCCGUGAUGGGCUUCAUUAAAGCACCUGACUUGAUGGAUGUAUAGCAGGCCAUCACAGCGUAGCGUAAUUGACGUUUACGAAGUGGUCGUCAUAAAAGCGGAACAACGCUACAGGUUAACGUAGAUAGUGUUGAGAAGCAGUGACAGGCGAAGCAAUUUGUAUUAAUCUCUUAAACAUUUCAGUCAAAGGAAAUCUUUUGCUCUAACAGAAGAAAAGUUGCCUUUGAUGCAUGUUGGAAUAUUUUAAGACAACAAAUUACAACACGCUUUUAAAAAGGCUUUGCGUUGAAAAUCAUAUUGUUUGCAGCGUAUUGUGUGCGGAAAAGAACGGUUUUACAAACAAUCGGAUAUUUCGGUUUAUUGUUGUUUUUUUUAAUGAAAUACUAAGUUGUUAGUUUGACGUUAUACAAUGAGGACGUUUUUAACUCAUGGGGCGGUCCAGCUUGUGACGAUGGCCUUAUUCCUCGCAACGGAUGUAGCCGGCCACGGGCGGCUGAUUGAACCUGCCUCCCGGAAUGCAAUGUGGCGAUUUAACUACAAGAACCCGCGAAAUUACAACGACAUGGGACUGAACUGCGGGGGCUUCACGAAUAUGUUUGAGCGACACGGCGGCCGCUGCGGGGUGUGUGGCGACCCCUGGCAGGGACCACGUGACAACGAGGCUGGCGGGAAGUACGCUCGGGGCCUCGUCGCGCGCCAGUACCAGACGGGUGCCUUCAUCAAUGUCACAGUUGAGCUCACCAGCAAUCACGGCGGCUAUUUCGAGUUCCGGUUGUGUCCCGUCAACGACCCGACACGGGAGGCGACGCAUGAGUGCUUGGACCGACACCUUCUGAACAUUGUGGGUCACGGGACCCGGUGGUUCAUUGCGGCGCCGGGACCCUCCACGACCGUAGAGCUGGUCGUCAUGCUGCCGCCGAAACUGACCUGCUCUCAGUGCGUCAUGCAGUGGAAAUGGGUAGCCGGUCAAAGCAUGGGUCCGGACGGCUAUGGUGGCGAAUGCUUGGGUUGUGGCAACCAAGAACACUUCAUCAACUGCGCAGACAUCGCUAUCGGUACAAAACCAGUCAAUCCGCUGCCGCCGCUGCCGGAUGAUAGUACCCCAGCACCGGUGCCUGCAUAUCAGACGCAGCCACCUCAAAAUCCCACAGUCUCCAUUACAGCAACGCCCCUUAAGACGCAUGGACACUCUGGGCCUACUUAUACUGUUCCAAACGCCGGAGAUCCAACCUUUGAAGCAACCAUGGCCAUGAUGAAAAAAAUGUACGAUCAAAUGGUAAAAAAUCAAGCGCCAGUUGUUCCAAUCCAUGCUUCAACUGGACAGGUGGAGCCACCGGCGGCACCUCAAUGGAACCAGCCUACACGAACACAGGCCCCGGCUCCACAGCCGCCGUCGUGGCAGACACCCGCGGCAGUACAGUCGUCCUGGCAGGAACCUGCCCCAACGUUCCCUGACACUUCCUUGUGGCAAAACAGUGUUCCCUCGAGUUGGCAGCAGAGCCAGUCUUCCUAUGAGCCCGGGGAGUAUCAGGAACACGGGGAGAUACCGUCCCCUGGAUCCAUGUCCCAUCCACCCGCCCAGGGGUCCACGUACAUGCAAGGCUACAACGACGCCAUGAGAAUGUUCGAGCAAUCCUUUGGCAUGCCCUCGUUAAAUGUGAAAUCUAACGCGCCUUUUAAUGAGAUGUCACUUUCAUUGCAGGAGUCACAAAAACAAUAUAGCGCCGUUUACCACGGUGGAGACCUUACCGGCAAGUGUCCGGAUGGCUCAGAAUACGAAUGUAGGGCAACGAAUGUAAUGGCUGGUUCUGACUUUGACUCAUUGUGCGAAAGCACGUGCGUCAACGGCAAGUGCCCAACUAAUAUUUGUUCGUGCUCGUGUCCGAGCGGGGGCAGUUGGUCGGGCUCAAACACUCAAGCCCAAGCAUCGGGAGGGGCGAAUUGCCGCAGUGUAGACCCCAGUAAAGGGUCGUCCAUGGAUACAUGGUGCUCGCUCAAUUGCAAGCAGAACAACUGUCCGAGUAGCUUGUGCACAUGUAUGUAAUCAUAUACAUAAACAUGGGAUCAAAGUGAUUAACAAGAAUCGCGUUCAUUACAAACAUUUAUUGGUCGUCAUAACUUUCGUUUCCUAAGUAAAGAGCAAGCAUUAGUAUGACUCUUACAGACGAACUGUGAGACGUAUUAUUAAGCUCUUGUCAUCACACUAACGAACCAUGAACUAAUUAUUCAAGACAGUUGUCACACUAAAUAAGGGCCAUGAAAACAAUGGUAAGAAAGCUUAAAUGAUCGCACUGUAAGUGCAAGGUCAAAGCAUGCAUAUGUUUACUAUGAACAUGACAACUUUUCUUUGUUGGCAUCAGCACUGAGAGGAUUUUAUAAAUGAUCUGUUUGAUUGUAUACCAGCGCAACACACUUGUUCAGUGAUUUCGUUUUCGUCCAUGUUUUUCAUCACUCAUCGUUUGGCCAGAUUUAUGUUUACGGACAGUUUUUAACAACAUCUGUUUUCUGUCAUAAUAUAUGUUAUCUUUAUACGCCAUAUGUCACGCGUCUUUUAUGACAUUC